AUGUCACCAAUUAUCUUCAAGAAAGCUGGCCAUAACCCAGACCUCUAUUUCCAUGUCUUUAAUCAAGACUUUUUCGUCAAUUCGGUGGUACUGAAGAUGAACUGUCGCUUCUUCAGAACCUUUCUCGACCCAUCCGGUGGAAAGAAGCCACAUUCUACUCUUCCUGAGUUCUCCAGCGAGUGGUUCACUCGUAUUGAAGAUGUAGUUGAGGGAAAGAAAUUUCGCUCUUGGUCUCUAAUCUUCGAAAAAUUCCUCUGUGCCGUGUUUGGGCGGUCAUAUCAUUUACAGAAUGCUGUAGAGUUGGCUACUCUAAUAGAUAUGGCAAGAUACUAUGGUGCUCUUCCAACAGUCACGGAGACUAUCUGCGCCGCCGUCCUUAGAAGUUCUACUUUCGCCGAGAGCAUGUUCAAAGAUCCACACAGUGUUCUCGCGUCUGCAAAGACUCUCCGCAAUUAUAUGCUCUUCAAGGACAGCCUCAUACUCUCUUUAGGACCUUGGUCCGCACCCAAAUAUCGAGAUUUCGCUGAUGUGGAAUUGUUUCGAGCUGCCGAUUCACUCCACUCAAGUAUCUGUGCCAGUCUCGACGAGACCCAAAGAAAUAUAUUCCAAGCCAUGGCGAAGGGUAAUCAAACUUCACAGAUUCAAUACGAACGAUACCAAAUUACACCUGUUCUACCAGCUUACUACAGACUUUGUCUGGAAAUCAAUUUCGUUCCGGAGGAAAUGGGAUCGGAAAUCCGCGAUCAUAUCAAGCCUAUAUUUAUCAACCACCUUCACUUAAUGCCUCAUGUUACCGCAGGGUCUAGCAAAUUCGAGGAUUACUUCCUCUGCAUCGAGGUUCCUGAUCAUAUCCUGCCAUGGGACCCAAAAGAAGAAGAAUGGUACAUCUAA